CCCUGGGCUGGGAGGAGAGCACAGAGCGGGCCAUCAUGGUCUCAGAGGAUAAAGUCUUGGAUGUUAGGAGUACAGUCAAAGGUCUGGAGGAAGUAGAGAUUGGAUCUGAGGACUGAAGAGUGCAGAGAAGAGAACCGGAGGUGGUACCAGAACAUGGGGCCCCGUUGGACAUCAGCGCUGCUCCUCUGCCUGCUGAUGGUGGCCUCCAGUCUGGCCAACGAGGCUCCAGCCCACGAAACCUCAGUGAGUCCAAGUCAUGAAGCCUCCAGCAGCGGGAACCAGACCUCCGGCGGACACGACACCGCCGGUACCGCCGAUACCGGUGGCCACGGCGAAGGUCACGAAGCGGCGCCGAUCACCACCUUGCCCAUCGUCACGUGGAAGUGGCACCAUGUGACCACGCCGUACCUGGUGGCCCUGUGGAUCCUGGUCUCCUGGCUCUGCAAACUGGUCAUCGAGGCCAACCACCAUGUGACCGCCUACAUCCCAGAGAGCGCGCUGCUCAUCUGCUUCGGCUUCAUCCUGGGCGGCAUGAUCUGGGGCGCAGACAAGGUCCAGACCUUCAAGCUCACCCCAACCGUCUUCUUCUUCUACCUGCUGCCCCAAAUCAUCCUGGACUCGGGCUACGCCAUGCCAAACAAGCUCUUCUUCACCAACAUGGGGGGCAUCCUGAUUCACGCCAUCAUCGGGACCUGCUGGAACGCCGCCACGCUGGGCCUGUCGCUGUGGGGGUGUCACAAGGGCGGAGCCAUGGGAGACAUUGACAUCGGGUUGCUGCAGUACCUCCUGUUCGGCAGUCUGUUGGCCGCUGUUGACCCGGUGGCCGUCAUCGCCGUCUUCGAGCAGGUCCACGUGAACGAGGUCCUCUUCAUCAUGGUGUUCGGAGAGUCGCUGCUCAACGACGGAGUCACCGUGGUGCUCUUCAACGUGUUUGAUGCCUUUGUGUCUCUAGGAGGAGGUGCAAUCGACGCUAAGGAGAUCGUUAAAGGAAUAAUCUCCUUCUUCGUGGUGGCGUUUGGCGGUGCCCUCGUAGGCUUCGUGUUCGGCUUGCUGAUCUCACUGUUGACCAGAUGCACUAAAAACAUCCAGAUCAUUGAGCCGGGCUUCAUCUUCGUCCUGGGAUACUUGGCCUACCUCACGGCAGAGAUGCUCUCGCUGUCUGCCAUCCUUUCGAUUUUGUUCUGCGGUAUGUGCUGUCAGAAGUACAUCAACUCCAACAUGGACGAACGCUCAGUCCAAACCGUACGUUCCGCCUUGAAGGUUUUUGCCAACGGAUCUGAAACCAUCAUCUUCGUCUUCCUCGGCAUCUCUGCCAUCGACAAGAGCAUCUGGGUGUGGAACACGGGCUUCAUCCUCCUCACGCUCUUCUUCAUCUUGGUGUACAGGUUCAUCGGUGUGUUUGUCCUCACCUGGAUGAUGAACAGGUUCAGACUGGUCCCGAUAAGUCUUGUUGAUCAGGUGAUCAUGGGCUACGGUGGCCUACGAGGGGCCGUGGCUUAUGGGCUGGCAGUGUUGCUGGAUGAGACAAGGAUAAAGGAGAAGAACCUGAUGAUAUCCACAACCCUCAUCGUUGUUUAUUUCACUGUAAUUUUUCAGGGUAUAACGAUGAAACCUUUGGUUCAGUGGCUGAAAGUGAAGAGAGCGGCCCUCGUUGAGCUGUCACUCAUAGAAAAAGUGCAGAACAAGGUAUUUGAUCACGCGCUGAUUGCUAUUGAGGACAUCUCAGGACAAAUCGGACACAACUACAUGCGGGACAAGUGGAGGAACUUCGAGGAGAAGUGGAUGUCAUGGUUUUUGUUGAAGUCGUCAGCGAGAAAGAAGCAGGACCGCCUCUUCAACGUCUUCCACGAGCUGAACCUGCAGGACGCCAUGGAGUACGUGACCGAGGGCGAGCGCAGAGGAUCCCUGGAUUUCAUCCGCAAUGAAAACGCAUUUGUUGACUUCAAGAAGAAGUUUGAUGAGGACUUUGCAGAAGCCAUGCCCGACAUCAUGGCUGAUAUGGCUCCUGAUGAGGCUGGAGCUUCAGCAAUGAGAGGAGACCCGGUACCAUCAGUCAGUUUGGAGAUGCAUGAGCAGAACCUGAGAGGACUUCGGCAAGCAGAGGAGAUCAACGCCCACCACCUCCUGGAGCAGCAUCUCUACAAAGGCAGGAAGCAGCACCGUCACAAGUUCAGCCGCAGCCACUUCAGCAUCAACCAGGAUGAAAAUGAGGUCCAGGAGAUCUUCCAGAGGACCAUGAGGAGUCGUCUGGAGUCCUUUAAGUCUGGAAAGAUGGGCGUCGCUCCACCGAAGACCAUCACGAAGCACACAAAGAGAGAGCAGCAGCCCAAGAUGCCGAAUGGAAAGAAUAGAAGCUACUACUCUGGUGACGAAGAUUUUGAGUUUUCAGAGGGAGACAGCGCUUCGGGCUACGACGCUUCCUUCCCCACCAGAGUCAGCUACAGAACCGGAGCCGGAAUCGAGAACCCGGCCUUCAUGCCGGACGUGGACCCGUCGUCGCCCAUGCACAUCCCUCCGUGGCUGGCGGACGCCGAGCUGGAGGUGAGUCCGGUGGCUCCGUCAGAACGAGCCCAGGUGAGGCUGCCGUGGAUGCCGGGACACCUGCAACGCCUGUCCUCCCUGCGGACCAGCACUCGAUCCGGUGACUCCGUCCAGGAGGGCGAUGAGCAGCUGCCCCCGCCGCCGCCCCCGCCGCCUCGCCAUGACAGAGACGACAAUCACCUGUAGCUCCACCUGAUGAGGCCGGACUGCCAGAGACAGAAACUGACCUCAGACAGGGCGGCUUUUCCAGGAUGCCAACCACAGAAUCAGCUCCUGGUUUUCCAAAUCUACAUCUUCUUUAUAUUUCUGUUCAUCAAAGAACAUCGUCUGUUACUCUAAACAUCUCUGGUUCAGCUCAGACCCACAAACGGUGCUUUUCAAGUUCCCCAUCCCUGAAUGUGAUGUAGAAACUUUUUAAAAAGGAUGUUAGGGAUCAUAAGGAGGGGGGUUUGUAACUAGAGGGACAUAAAAUCAAAUCUAUGAUCUGACUUUGUGUGUUUUAUUAUUUUUCUCAGAGCUUAAUAUAAAACUGCUGUAAAAAUGUCUCAUGUAUGAUAAUUAAACAUGUAUUUAUUCAAGGUUUGUAAAGUCAGAUGUUGCAGAGGACGGCGCUUAAGAUUUAAUGCAUCUGUGAAUUUGUUCUGACUGCUUGGGAAAACAAGCUUUAGAAAUAAAACCAGAGAAAUUUUUGGC